AAAUCGUCAUAUAAAAGGUAUCGCAAAUACAGGUAUUGCAAACAAUCGUCCAUCCUUGACUCGUGGCACGUACCAACAAGAAAUCGUUCAAGCCGAGCAAGCACGUGUAUUGGCACAAGAAUGCAUGCGACAAGGAGCAGAUCAGGCAGCUACACAACUAAAUCUAGUCGCUGAUAAAUGCGAACGUCUAAGGGUUAUCCAUCGAUGCUUGAGUAGUUUAACUGCUGAACGUAGCAAUUUUGAUCAAGAAAGUCCGACAAUAAUACCACUUCUUCAACAAAUACGUGAUUAUGAACAGAAAUAUGGAAAAUUAAACUUUCAAGAGGGCCCCUCGCUAUGGCAAUGGAUCAUUCGACAUACUCCACUAUCGCCAAAACACAUGAACCGAUUAUCGUUAGCCUUUCACGAGACUGGGCGAGAUCUUCUCAUAGGUGUCGGGUUAACAUGUCUAGUUCAAGGAAUUGUGGCAGCUAUCGCAUACGCAUGUUUACGUAUCCCACGUGCAUUUACCUUGAGUUUACUUACGGGACUUGCCGCGUUGGUUCAAAUCAUCGGCACAACCAUUGUAUGGAUUCCAAUUGCUAUCGGCCUAAUUCUACAAAGUCAAUAUGUCAAAGCAGGCAUUAUGGUCGGUGUUGGAGUUUUGGUUAUUGGAUCGGUCGAUAAUCUAUUGCGGCCCUUAUUCUCAAAAUUGGGAGCAUUCAAAAUGUCGACAUUACUACUGUUACUAUCGAUAUUUGGUGCAAUUGAGAUGUUGGAUGCAUGGGAAGCUCUUUUAGGUCCGGUGGUUGUCAGACUUACUACGAAAGCUGUAGUGUUAGUCAGAGAGGACCAGGAAGAACAAGAACAACAAGAAAGUAGUACUAGAGAUAGAUAA